AUGGCGUCUAACGAGACUCCAUUCAUCGUCUUCGGAUAUGGAUCUCUCAUUUUCAAGCCUCCUCCCCAUGUCAUCGACAAAGUUUCGGGAUUUUUGAAAGGUUACGUGCGUAGAUUCGCACAGAAAUCGCAUGACCAUCGCGGAACGCCUGAGAGUCCCGGGCGUGUUGUGACGCUAAUUCACAAGGAAGAAUGGGACAAAUACUCUUCAGCGGACGCGUUUCCGGACGACGACACGGUUUGGGGCAUAGCAUACACAAUAGAUCCGGCAUACCAAGCGGAAGUGCGCGAUUAUCUAGAUUACCGAGAGAAGGAUGGAUAUACCUUGGAAGUCCUUGAUAUCUACAACAUCGAAAAUGGUGUCGAGAAGAUCAUCAUUCACAAUGCCAUUUGUUACGUCGGACGACACGAUAACCCCUCAUUCAUCGGCUCAGAACCAUUAAAAGCUCUCGCCCAUAUAAUAUCGACAUCCGUGGGUCCUUCCGGCCCAAACAAGGAAUACCUAUACCAACUGGCUGAUUCCGUCCGGAAAUUGUCUCCAGAGUCUUAUGACUCGCAUCUCUUUGCUUUGGAGACGCGGGUCCGCCAAUUGGACCGGGGCAAGGUAUGA